ACAGUUUAAUCAAAAUAAAAACCAGGAAAUGGCCGGGAAUGCUGUAGACGUGUAUGUUAAACUCCCCACGGGGAGAACGACUACCCUAAACCUCCUCCCUGGGAGUAGAAUCAGUGAGAUCAACAAACACGUGGGGAGGGAGGAGGGCGUCCCUGACGACAGGGUCAUCCUAAAGUAUCAGGGGAAAAUCUUGGACGGGAGGAAAACGGUGGGACAGUACGGAGUUAGGGCCGAAACCAUACUCAAGGCUGAGGUCGUUAUCCCACGGACAAUCCAAGUGUACGUCAAACUUCCUGAUGGACGUUCAGUUCCGGUGACCGUGCAGACGACAGAUUUGGUUGCCUCGAUAUCGUCUGCUCUGUCGGAGAGUGAAGAUGUAGACGGGUCGUCAUUUAAAUAUCAGUUGAGCGGGGGCAGGGCCUUAACAGAGGACCAGCCAUUGUUUUCUCAGGGAGUAGGAGAGGAGAGCACGAUAGAAGCCAAGGAGAAACCCAAAGCCUCAAAUUAUGACCCAUUCGUGAAAAAUACCGAAGAAGCAUCAGAGGAAAUAAAAGAUGCAGUUUUAUCAAGUUUCGCCGCUGGAGGGAAAAACGUGGAGGUGGUAUUUUCAUUCGAUACCACAGGAAGUAUGGCAAGCUAUCUGAAUAAGGUUCGAGAAAAUCUGCAAGAGACCUGUCGAAGACUACUGCAAGAUAUCCCAAACAUCCGGGUCGGAUUAAUUGCCCAUGGCGACUACUGUGACCAGAAUACAUACGUCAUCAGACAACUAGAUCUUACUUCAGAUGUCCAGCAACUGGUUGACUUCGCCAAUAACACACCAAGCACAGGGGGAGGCGACACCCCUGAGUGCUAUGAGUGGAUGUUACACAAGGCCAAGUUCUUGGAUUGGUCUGAGGAUUCUGCUAAGGCUUUGGUAGUCAUUGGAGAUGCGCCUCCCCAUCCACCCUCAUACACUGACCAAAACAUAAAUUGGUGGAACGAGGUAGAGCUGCUGAAAGGAAUGGGCGUAAAGAUAUACGGAGUCCUGUGUAAUAGAUCGGAGGGAUCGGAGAAACAUUUUUAUGAAGAGAUUGCAGAGCAAACAGGGGGCUGUUUCCUUCACCUCAAUCACUUCAACCUCAUCACUCAAAUGUUUUUAGCUGUGUGUUAUAGUGAAUCCAGUGAAGAUCAGCUGGAAGCGUUUACAGAUGAACUGGAAAAGGAGGGAAAACUCACGGAGGAUACAAAGGUCUUGAUGAAAGAAAUCGGGGAGAAAAAACCAAAAGAGGACAGUGCCAAGGCCAACAAAGAGAAGAAAUCAUACAGCUACGACUGGUGGGAUAUACAAAUUGAUGCAGACAAAAAGCCACUGUACAAAUACAACGCAAAUGAAGAUCACUGGUCAUCAAACUCAGAAGGCACAACAAGUCGUUCUUCAUAUAGUUACACACCUCCGCCUGAACCCGCGGCUGGUAAAGUGAAGAGCGAGUCUAGUGGCCUGCAGGAGAAACGGAGGAACUUUUAUGUUGUACACGAUUCUAGCAAGACAAUGAAGCCUCAUGUAGACUACGAGUACAAUACAACCUAA